AUGACAGGAAGACUGUUGACAUACAUGGGUGAUGACAGUCAGCCUGCAUGGAGUCGAUACUGUGCCACUAAACACCGCAAGUAUGGAGUCCAGAAUUACACUGAUCUUGGUGUUCAAGACUGUGGAUUGUCCGUGAAACAAGAGGUUGAUGAUCUGUCCAGCUCGUCCUUAAUUACUUCAUCAGCACCACAGUCCUCUACCCCUACUUCUCCGACAAGCAAGAUAGCAUGCCAAGUAUGUGGAGACAUAUCAUCAGGACUUCACUUUGGUGUAUAUACAUGCGAAGGCUGUAAGUGUUUUUACAGAAGAAGUAUCCGAGAGGGAGCUCAUUACAUGUGUUCAAAGACGAAUAAUUGUAACAUGACGCCUGACACGCGGAAUUCAUGUCGCUAUUGCCGUUUUUAUCGAUGCUUGGCCUUAGGAAUGUCCCCAGAAGGUAUCAAACUUGGUCGCCGUCCCAAACUUGAUACCCACCAGUCGAUGUGCAAAGAACAAGGACGCAGUGUGACAACUCUGAAGAUGAAGCUUAAGCAGACUCCAGCCAUGAAAAUGUAUCAAAGGCAGCUCUGGACGCGCCCGUACAUGGAAUGGAACCAUAACAUUGAAAAAGAGAAAGAGUUUCUGCGCAUGUCAUCGCACAAUUACCCUUUAAAAUCAUCUAACGAAGUGCCUUCCAGUUGUACAAUAGCGUCACAAUGGGAAAGUGCCGAGUGUGACUUGAACACAGCAGCUUCUUUUGACUCAGUGCCUCCCAAAUCCCCAAUAAAUAUAACAACCGGGGGUCAAAGCAUUAAAAGAGAAUGUGACUGGAGCGAUUCUUCGGUUUCGGAUGACUCAAUUCUCUCAUGUUCUCCUGUGUCGCCCACAUUACCGGAGGUUAUUUACGGAGCGGCACAGGCUUUGGCGUUCGCUAAUAUGUACCGCCAAGAUCACGAGACGGACAAUUUGACCAACACGAUCAGCGACCAAACACCUCUCACCACGGCGUUCAGUUAA